GGCGGUCAGGCCGCUCUCUGCGAGCUCAGAGCUGCGGAGAGACCGUGCGGCGCGGGUCGGGGCCGGAGCGCGGUCUCGCGGCUGAGGUGGGCCGAGAGGAGGCGCAGCCCGAGCGGCCAGAGCCUCGUCAGGACCCUCCCCAGGGACGUCGAGGCCGGGCGGGCCCGGGCCAUGCGCGUCGCGCGCUGAGGCCGAGGGAGGCCUCGAUGGAGGCGCCGGCGGGCGAGCCCUCGGCCCGGGGCUGCGGGCCCCCGCCCGCGCCCGCCCCGGAGAGGAAAAAGAGCCACCGCGCGCCGUCGCCAGCCCGGCCCAAAGACGUGGCUAGCUGGCCACUGACUAAGGGCCGCCGCGGCCCAGGCCCGGGCGCAGCCGCCGCCUGCAGCGCCUCGUCCAGCGCCCGGCCCGACAGGAAGGGACGCGCCGUGGCGCCCGGGGCGCGGGGCGCAGGGGCGCGGGUGGCCGGGGUCCGCACCGGGGUCCGAGCUAAGGGCCGCCCGCGCCCUGGUGCCGGGCCGCGACCGCCACCACCGCCGCCCAGCCUCACCGACAGCAGCUCGGAGGUGUCGGACUGCGCGUCGGAGGAGGCGCGCCUGCUGGGCCUGGAGCUGGCGCUGAGCAGCGACGCCGAGUCGGCGGCCGGGGGCCCGGCGGGGGCCCGCACCGGGCAGCCGCCCCAGCCCGCGCCGUCCGCGCAGCAGCCUCCGCGGCCGCCCGCCUCCCCCGAUGAGCCGUCGGUGGCCGCGUCGUCGGUGGGCAGCAGCCGCCUGCCGCUCAGCGCCUCCCUCGCCUUCUCCGACCUCACCGAGGAGAUGCUGGACUGCGGGCCCGGCGGCUUCGUGCGGGAGCUGGAGGAGCUGCGCUCCGAGAACGACUAUCUCAAGGACGAGAUUGAGGAGCUGAGGGCCGAGAUGCUGGAGAUGCGGGACGUGUACAUGGAGGAGGACGUGUACCAGCUGCAGGAGCUGCGGCAGCAGCUGGACCAGGCCAGCAAGACCUGCCGCAUCCUGCAGUACCGGCUGCGCAAGGCCGAGCGCCGCAGCCUCCGCGCCGCCCAGACCGGCCAGGUGGACGGCGAGCUCAUCCGCGGCCUGGAGCAGGACGUCAAGGUCUCCAAGGACAUCUCCAUGCGCCUGCACAAGGAGCUCGAGGUGGUGGAGAAGAAACGAGCGCGGCUGGAGGAGGAGAACGAGGAGCUGCGGCAGCGGCUCAUCGAGACUGAGCUGGCCAAGCAGGUGCUGCAGACGGAGCUGGAGCGGCCGAGAGAGCAUUCCUUGAAGAAAAGAGGAACCCGCUCCCUGGGGAAGACAGAUAAGAAGCCUUCGGUACAGGAGGACAGCGCAGAUCUGAAGUGCCAGCUGCACUUCGCCAAGGAGGAGUCCGCCCUCAUGUGCAAGAAGCUCACCAAGCUCGCCAAGGAGAACGACAGCAUGAAGGAGGAGCUGCUCAAGUACCGCUCGCUCUACGGGGACCUGGACAGCGCCCUGUCGGCGGAGGAGCUGGCGGAUGCCCCUCACUCGCGGGAGGCCGAGCUGAAGGUGCACUUGAAGCUGGUGGAGGAGGAGGCCAACCUGCUGAGCCGCCGCAUCGUGGAGCUGGAGGUGGAGAACCGAGGCCUGCGCGCUGAGAUGGACGACAUGAAAGACCACGGUGGCAGCUGCGGGGGCGCCGACCCGCGCCUGGCCUUCUCCGGGCUGGGGGGCGGCGAGUGCGGGGAGAGCUUGGCGGAGCUGCGGCGACACCUGCAGUUCGUGGAGGAGGAGGCGGAGCUGCUGCGGCGCUCCUCGGCCGAGCUGGAGGACCAGAACAAGCUGCUGCUCAACGAGCUGGCCAAGUUCCGCUCGGAGCACGAGCUGGACGUGGCGCUGUCGGAGGACAGCUGCUCCGUGCUCAGCGAGCCCUCGCAGGAGGAGCUGGCCGCCGCCAAGCUGCAGAUCGGCGAGCUCAGCGGCAAGGUCAAGAAGCUGCAGUACGAGAACCGCGUGCUGCUCUCCAACCUCCAGCGCUGCGACCUCGCCUCCUGCCAGAGCAUGCGGCCCAUGCUGGAGACGGACGCCGAGGCCGGGGACUCCGCCCAGUGUGUGCCCGCUCCCCUCGGCGAGGCCCACGAGCCCCACGUGGCCCGGCUCUGCAGAGCCAGGGAGGCCGAGGCGCUGCCUGGACUGAGGGAGCAGGCCGCCCUGGUCAGUAAGGCCAUCGACGUCCUGGUGGCCGACGCCAACGGCUUCUCCGCCGGCCUCCGGCUGUGUCUGGACAAUGAGUGUGCUGACAACAGCGAGGGCCCCAGGGACACCAAGCUCAUCCAUGCCAUCCUGGUGCGGCUGAGCGUGCUGCAUCAGGAGCUCAACGCCUUCGUGCGGAGGGCGGACGCUGCGCUCGGGAGCUCCGCCAAGGAGCAGCCAGAGCCCUUCCCCGCCCUGCCCGCCUUGGGCUCCCAGGGGCCCUCCAAGGAGAUUCUUCUGGCCAAAGACCUCGGCUCAGACUUCCAGCCACCUGACUUUAGGGAUCUGCCAGAAUGGGAGCCCAGGAUCCGAGAGCCCUUCCGCAAUGGUGACUUGGACUCCAAGCCUGACCCCAGCCGGAGCUUCAGACCUUACCGAGCUGAAGACAAUGAUUCCUACGCCUCUGAGAUCAAGGAGCUGCAGCUGGUGCUGGCUGAGGCCCAUGACAGCCUUCGCGGCUUGCAAGAGCAGCUUUCCCAGGAGCGGCAGCUUCGGAAGGAAGAGGCUGACAACUUCAACCAAAAAAUCGUCCAGCUGAAGGAGGACCAGCAGAGGGCGCUCCUGAGGCGGGAGUUUGAGCUGCAGAGUCUGAGCCUCCAGCGGAGGCUGGAGCAGAAAUUCUGGAGUCAGGAGAAGAACAUGCUGGUGCAGGAGUCCCAGCAGUUCAAGCACAACUUCCUGCUGCUCUUCAUGAAGCUCAGGUGGUUCCUCAAGCGCUGGCGGCAGGGCAAGGUUUUGCCCAGCGAGGGGGAUGACUUCCUUGAGGUAAACAGCAUGAAGGAGCUGUACCUGCUGAUGGAGGAAGAGGAGAUCAACGCUCAGCAUUCUGAUAACAAGGCCUGCACAGGGGACAGCUGGACCCAGAACACACCCAACGAGUACAUCAAGACCCUGGCCGACAUGAAGGUGACGCUGAAGGAGCUCUGCUGGCUGCUCCGGGAUGAGCGCCGUGGUCUCACUGAGCUUCAGCAGCAGUUUGCCAAGGCCAAGGCCACCUGGGAGACGGAGCGGGCAGAGCUCAAAGGCCAUGCCACCCAGAUGGAGCUGAAGGCUGGCAAGGGAGCCGCGGACAGGGCGGGGCCCGACUGGAAGGCAGCCCUGCAGAGGGAGCGUGAGGAACAGCAGCACCUCCUGGCCGAGUCCUACAGCGCAGUCAUGGAGCUCACGCGGCAGUUGCAGAUCAGCGAGCGCAACUGGAGCCAGGAGAAGCUGCAGCUGGUAGAGCGGCUGCAGGGUGAGAAGCAGCAGGUGGAACAGCAGGUGAAGGAGCUGCAGAACCGCCUAAGUCAGCUGCAGAAGGCUGCCGACCCCUGGGCCCUGAAACACUCGGACCUGGAGAAGCAGGACAACAGCUGGAAAGAGACAUGCAGUGAGAAGAUCCACGACAAGGAGGCUGUUUCUGAAGUCGAGCUUGGGGGAACCGGCUUAAAGAGGACCAAAUCUGUUUCUUCCAUGUCUGAGUUUGAAAGUUUGCUCGACUGUUCCCCCUACCUUGCCGGCGGGGAUGCCCGGGGCAAGAAGCUGCCCAGCAGCCCUGCCUUUUCCUUUGUUAGCUCUGAGCCCGUGGAUCCUGAGAAAGAUGCCAAGGAAAAGCCGGGGCUCUCGCCAAGGGACUGCAACCGCCUGGGCGCCCUGGCCUGCCAGGACCCCUCGGGGCGGCAGAUGCAGCGCAGCUACACGGCGCCCGACAAGACGGGCAUUCGCGUCUACUACAGCCCCCCCGUGGCCCGGCGCCUGGGCGUCCCUGUGGUCCAUGACAAGGAGGGCAAGAUCAUCAUCGAGCCCGGCUUCCUCUUCACCACAGCCAAGCCCAAAGAGUCGGCCGAGGCCGACGGGCUGGCCGAGAGCUCCUACGGCCGGUGGCUCUGCAACUUCUCACGGCAGCGCCUGGACGGAGGCUCGGGGACCAGCCCCUCAGCGGCCGGGCCUGGCUUCCCAGCAGCCCUGCGUGACUUUGAGAUGUCGGGCAACAUGAGCGACGACAUGAAGGAGAUCACCAACUGUGUGCGCCAGGCCAUGCGCUCGGGCUCGCUGGAGAGGAAGGUGAAGAGCACAUCCAGCCAGACGGUGGGCCUGGCCAGCGUCGGCACCCAGACCAUCCGCACGGUCAGUGUGGGCCUGCAGACUGACCCGCCCCGCAGCAGCCUCCACGGCAAGAGCUGGUCACCCCGCAGCUCCUCGCUCAUGUCCGUGCGCAGCAAGCAGAUCUCCUCCUCCCUGGACAAGGUCCAUUCGCGCAUCGAGCGGCCCUGCUGCUCACCCAAGUAUGGCUCGCCGAAGCUCCAGAGGCGGUCCGUGUCCAAGCUGGACACCGCCAAGGACCGCAGCCUGUGGAACCUCCACCAGGGCAAGCAGAAUGGCUCGGCCUGGGCCCGCUCUACCACCACGCGGGACAGCCCUGUGUUGCGGAACAUCAACGACGGACUGUCCAGCCUCUUUAGUGUGGUGGAGCACUCAGGGAGCACGGAAUCUGUCUGGAAACUGGGCAUGUCCGAGGCUCGGGCCAAGCCGGAGCCUCCCAAGUACGGCAUUGUGCAGGAGUUCUUCCGUAACGUGUGUGGCCGGGCACCCAGCCCCACCUCGGCAGCGGGAGAGGAGAGUGCCAAGAAGCCAGAGCCCCUCUCUCCGGCCAGCUACCAUCAGCCAGAGGGUGUGGCCAGGAUCCUGAACAAGAAGGCGGCCAAGCCAGGCAGCAGCGAGGAGGCCAGACCCGCUGUGCUCCCCCAGGUGGGGAAGGAUGGAGUCCUCCGGGAUGGAGAUGGAGCCCUGGUCCUUCCCAGUGAGGAUGCCGUUUGUGACUGUAGCACCCAGUCUCUCACCUCCUGCUUCGCCCGGCCGUCCCGCUCUGCUAUCCGCCACUCUCCUUCCAAGUGCAAGCUGCACCCUUCAGAGUCCAGCUGGGGCGGGGAGGAGAGGGCGGCCCCCCCCAGCGAGUGACAGAGCGGCAGAGCUCCCCGCCUCAACCAGCCUGGUCCCUGGAGAGCAGGAGGGACCCAGCAGAGAGGAGGCGAGGGGGUGCGCCCUCAGCAUCGCCCAGCCCUGGAGGCAGCAGCAGCUGCACCACUGCCAGCGAGCAGCUCUCACAUCAAGGUAAAGCGGGGUCUCCUGCUGACUGCUGGGUGGUGAGCCCCAACUUCCCAGGGGAAGGCAAUGAGUGGGAGAAAGACACAAACUGGGCUUUGGAAGCACCAACCGAGAGAUCCGUCGAGAGCCGAUCCUGGGGUCCUAAGGCAGAGCUUUGCCUGGUUCUACCCACGCCCACUUCUUGGAAGAGCCCGGGAAGGGUACAUUUCCGGCCAUGCCCUUGAGGAAGAGGGCUCGGAGAGAUGUUCCCUGCUGAUCUCACGCCCCUUCGCUGGGGGGUGACACCACUGAGAAGAGCAGGCUUUGCUGCAGGGCUCGACGAGGGGCUCCUGGCGGAGCUGGGCUGGGCAUCACCCAUCACCAUCACCUCCUUCCCUCCACCCCCCCCCAGCCCUGCUGCCCUGGGUUUCCAGGACUCGGGGGUAUGAUAGGGCUGCAGCCAAGGCCAAGUGCCUGCUGGGCAUCCUGGAGCCCUGGAUCUCCCUGCCUGCAGCCUGGAUGCAGCAAGAACUGGGAGGCGAGGUGGGAAUGUGUGGGGCUCAGGGUUGGGGAGCUUUUGGAGUUGCCUCCCCUGCCAAGGUGACUCAGGCGGGCCCCAACCUUUUCAGGAGACUUCGUGAGGACAGAAAUAGGUAGAGUCAGUCUUAAGACCUGGUGCAUAGAUAAAUGCCUGAAUGCCCACUGCCUUGAUCUCGGGGCCUCUUUUGCUGGCGCCGUGUCUCCACUGUGUUUACAUCCUGCAGCUGCUGGGGACAAAGACACUCCCUGUAGGAGACUCCUGGUCGGCCAGGUCAGGUCACGGAGAACUCCAAGAGGCCAGUGCCCAGGACGCAGCAGUGGGCCGGGGCCUGGAAACACAUUUCUUGCCUAGAUUGUUUAUUUGAAUUUUUCUUAUUAUAAAUAUUUAAGGCGGUUUACUUUAUUUUAAUAAUUUAAUUUACCCCCAAAGUCCCUAAGGUAAUUUAUUGGAGGUCAAGACACAUAUUCUUGCCACUGGGACAAUGUGGGCCUUCUAACAGCAUAGACAGCGUGGGGCCCCUCACGUGGACAAGGCCACUCAGCAGCCAGGCCUGGACACCUCGCCCUGGUCUCCUGGUCAGUCUUGGAGGGCCCCUCCCCAGAGCGGGAGCCCCGCUGAUGGCUCCCCGACACUGCUGGCCUUUCGGCCUCAGAGCACUACUUGUCACUCCACACCUGGUACUUGCCUGGCCCCAGCAGUCAGUUUGUAAACACCCGCUGACAGGGUGGAGGGCUGGACUAAUGUCACCACUCCCCAAGCAUUCUCCAUUUGCCUUCUCCUUUUCCUCCCUCCCUCCGACACCUUUUUUGUGUGUGUGCGUCCAAUGUGGAUUACUAAGGCUCUAUUAAGAGCACGGAGAACACGGAGAUCCCUCCAAGUUCCCCAAGUGAGAACUCGCAGGAAAACAGGACUGAACUUCGAGGACAUUGUUUAUUGCAGCUUUGCACAUGGACCUGCGAGUGUCUACGAGCCUGCCUCAGUUCUCACCAGCCUGCCAGCCUUUUCACCAGCCUCUCUGCUUAGCCUCUGGCCGUUCACAGCUCUUCUCCCAGCCCCAGCUCCACUGCCUGCUGUUCCCCACAUCCCGGGUGAGCUGCCCGAGCCAUUGGUUGGAUUGCAACACGGCUCGUUGCAGCGUGGGGAGGAGGGCCUCACAUUCCUCCCCCUUGGUGCCAACGAACCAUUUGGGCUGCAUACACGCCCGCGCACACACAGACGUCAGCCCUCCUGUAACUGGCUGGGGACCCAGAAUGGAAACACCAGGACAGAUCGGCUCCUCUGCAGAAUUCCUUAUCCGGAAGAACAAAGGCCAGCAGCUUUGCUAGUUUGCCCCCAGGACUCAGGAGACACUCCUGCACGCCCACCUGCCACCAGUUCCCGUCCCACCCUUCCAGCACCACCUGGACCAGCUUGCCUGAGUCCUUUGUCUCCCUUCCCUGUAGGCUGAAUAUCAGGGUCGUGCCAGUCCCAGCCGCAUCCUCAUGCCAUGGUGACGUGUGUGGGCAGAGCAGGCAGGCCAGUAGAGCUGUGGCCACUUUGCAUCUGGGGUGCUGCUGCGCCCACCCAAGAGGUCAAGGGGACCCUCCAAGGUUUUCUCCAGGUGAGGGGACUCACACCAGGCCACAAGCCACCAGAGAUCUUGUGCCACCUCCCAGAGCUGCAGAGGGCCAGGGAGGCUUCACUCCUGGCCUAGGGGAAAAAUCCCCAUGAGACCUGAACCCCAAGGCCUGUGGCCCACUCAGCCUUACCGUCGCCCUCAUCCAAGACUGUCCUUGCCAUCUUCGUUGUCUCGGCAUCCAGGCCCCCUGGCCCCUAGCCACUGUCUGGGGCUCCAGAUCUCCCAGUUUCUACGUCCUGCAUGCCACUGUGCAAGGCCACUCGUCACUGUUCCUGCAGAAGCCUCUGGACGUGGGGCUUGAUGGGGUUGAAAAUGUUACAUGUAAAUAUUGGUUUGGUUUGGUUUGGUUUUUAGCAUUUUACUUGGUAACUGGUUGUGUUUUCCUUUUUAGGGUGGGGGGAUUGGUUUGUAAAAACUUUUUGCUCUUUUGGAAUGUAA